AUGGCUUCUUCCGUCGUCAACGCCCUCACUGGUGCUGCCAAAACCCGCAUCGUCCCUGCACGUCGCGGCUUUGCCUUCGCCGUCAAGGCUGGGUGCCGGUUUCGCAUUAUCGAUGUCCACGGAGAGCAGGUCGUUGAUAUGAUGGCCUGGCGUGCCCCUUACUCGUCCGACACCUCAUGCGAGCAUUUUCUACAUCUUAUACAAGAUGAUCCGCAGGCAAAGUUUGAGUGGUACCAGGUUCACGAUCCUUUCAACACGUUCCAAAACACUCCCUACUACACCAUGAAAGGCUGGAUGGACUCGAGCAAGGCAGGAGACUUUAUCAAAUUUGAGGCGCUCAUGGACUCAGUCGUUGCAGUCAGCUGUUGCACAUAUGAGGAGGGUGGUUUCAAUGGGGGGAAAUCUACUGAUGUUGCUGUUAGCUGGCAAGAUCGCCCAUCGGCUUUGUCAGGAUCUUGUUGUCGCCGACCUGCCAAACCGCAACCCCUUUCGCCAUCUGGUACCUAUGGGAGUACACCACCCCAUAUUACAGCAAGCGAUAAUAGCGGCCGCAUCUGCAUACAUGUCGCAUUUUCUGAAAGCACCUUUACCUGGCGAAACCGCCUCUACCUCACCUUCAGUGGACUGGGACGGCUCUGUGGAAACAUCACAUCGAGCAUUGAUGCAUCCAUUCCAGGCCAGACAGAGAAGCCUGAGGCUUUUAUAAAUGGCCAUCCAGAACCUUCAGUCUUUUAUUCUGCGUUUGUGCAGUCCUUGGUGGAAGAUCCUCUUUCUGGCCUCCUAGCAACGAUCACCCAGAGCAAGUCAACUCUCCUGGAAAAAGCCUCUCUGAACAGCUACAUGUGCUGUCCUGCUGGGAUAUUGCAGUUACUCGCGACUGCCGCACGGCUCUUCAAUGAGGCUGCUGACGACGAAACCGCUGGCGAUGUGAUGAAAGCAGGACUUGAUCUUUUCAAUACUGCCCUGUCAUUUGACAUUAACUCCUGGGCAGUAAACACCUCUUGCGUUCCGAUUGAGCGACACCCUAUGAACAUUCAGCGCCGGAAACAUGCAGGGGCUGCUCACCAGCUUUCGGUUUGCUUAUAUAUCCUCCACGCCAUCCCAUCUAUCCAUGGCAUGAUACCAUGUAAUCUCUGA